AUGGAUAUCGUGGAUAUCGUGGAAAUGGUGGAGGUCAUGGGCAUUGCCCUGGGAGUCAUAGGAUUAAUACUUACCAUCGUGAUCUGUGCACUCCCCACCUGGAUAGAGACAACCUUCAUAGCAGCUGACUUUACCACCACAGAGGUGCACUUGCGCGGCCUCUGGAUGAGUUGUGUGACCCAAAGCACGGGACAGACACAGUGUAAUGUGCACAACUUAAGGGGGAACAGGCCCCCCAGUAUGGAGUAUGCCGGAGCCAUGAUCCUCACUGCCAUCAUCCUGGGGGUUCUGGGGGUCACGGUCUCCAUGGUUGGAGCCAAGUGCACCAACUGCAUCAAAGAACAAACGUCUCAGGCCAAGUUGAUAAUUAUCUCUGGAAUACUUUUCAUGCUGGCCGGAAUUCUCAUCCUCAUCCCUGUUUCCAUGGUAGCCAUUUCAAUCAUCAGUGAUUCCUCCAAUAGGAUUGGAGGAAAGACUGAGCUGGGGGCCUUGCUGUACUUCGGCUGGGGGCGGCCGCCUUGCUCCUGGGCAUGGGCACAGGCAAGUGUUUUGGAUUACUUGGCUCAAUUCAAUAGGUGGUCCGCCUCCAUGCUCCUGAUAGGAGGGACCAUACUCUGCUGCUGCAUCUUCAAGAGGAUCCAGACAGACUCAACAACGACUCAAUCAACCUCUCGCUAA